AUGUCAAAAUAUACUUCACCGGAUGAACUGGAAAAAUAUCACGUUCGCGAAGUUUAUAAUCAAAUAGCGCCUCAUUUCGUUGGUUCACGGCAUAAAGCUUGGCCGAAAGUUGAAGAAUUCCUUCUUUCUCUGCCAGCAGGAAGCCUGAUCGCUGAUGUAGGUAAGAUUUGCCGAAUGAUUUCCUAAUUUUACGAAUUUUGCCAGUCGAAUUAAAGAAAAGAAGAAAAUAUCGAGGGUUGUCAUGUUCCGGUGAGCUUUUAUCUUAGUAUUGUUGCUGUUUGAUCCGUUUAUUGUGAUAGAAAAGAAAAUCAUUUGCUUGAUUGUCUUUUAACUCCAGUAAUGAGACGCUUUAUGACUAAGCUUUUAUUUUAAUAACAUCAUUUGCGAAUGAUAUGCACGAUAAGUAGGAUCGAUGUAAACAGCAAAAUACUGUCUGACGUUUUCGGAUGACAUUUUUUUUUUUUACAGCAAAGUAUAACAAUAUCAUUAAGGAAAAAAUACACUCGAGGCCUCAUAAAAAAACGUAAAACCGACCAAAAUUUUAAUCGAAACGGAAAAAUCGAAAAUAAUUAAGCUAAAAUGCAUGUCCAUAAAUAAGUGAAUUGAAACAUAAUUGCCCACUUUAUUUUAGAAACUAUAACUGUGUUAUUGCACUCUGAUUGAGUUACUUUGCGAGUCCUCUCUCAUAGAAAAUUGCACAAACAAAGGUUCCAAAAUGAAAACAAUUUUAAUGAAGCUUAUCUAUUCCAUUAGCUUUUCCAAUGUCGUCAAAGGGUGUGAUAUGAACAGGGUGGGGCAGGAGUAAGUUAAUCCUUUAACUCCCUUGAGUGACCAAGACAGAAUUUCUCCUUACAAUAUUAAUACAAUAUCAACUAGAUAAGUGAUGAGAAUAUAGAAAAGUUUCAAUUUAAGGAUAGUUAGUUGAUCCAAUAAUAAAUUCUCUGAACUAACAUUAUAUGAAUUGUAUGGUUGACAGUAAGGAGAAUUACAAAUUUUAUCUGGGAGUUAAAGGGUUAAAAGGUUAUUCUGAAGGAAAGUUGGUCCAAGUAGAAAUAUCAUACAGAGAUAACAAUAAUUGUCAAAAUACUUUUCGAAUUUAUAAUUAUUUUCUCACAGGUUGUGGAACAGGCAGGUACUUAGACUUGGUGGGAGAUCAGUCUUUCACUCUUGGAUCAGACAGCUGUAUGAAGUUUGGUGAAAUUGCUGCUAAAAGAGGCCACAAUGUCCUGACUUGUGACAAUCAGAAUCUUCCCCUCAGGGAGAACUGCUUUGAUGCUGUGAUUUCCAUUGGUGUCAUUCAUCAUUUUGCAUCAGCCAAGAGGCGCAUGAAAGCACUGGAAGAGCUUUACAGAAUUCUUAAACCUGGGGGGAAAAUGUUGGUGUAUGUUUGGGCAUUUGAACAAGAUGAAAGAAAGGUUUGAGAAACAUUCAAUGCAUCACAUCACAUUAUUGGACUGGAAAAUAUUUUACAAUCAUUUACUGCAAAAGCAAAGCAUUUGCUCUUGAUUGCUCUCCAAUAUAACAUAAGCCUGGCUAAAUCUUGUUCAGUUGAUUUCUUUCCAUGUAUUUUUUUUUUCAAUAUUAAAACAAUUUAGGAAAAUUUCAGAGUGUAUUUCUCAACAUACAUUUGACAGUAUCUUUCUGGGUUUGUCAGCAAGAAUUAAGAAUUAGUCAGUGUCACAACUCUCCUAGAAAUAUAUUUUUUAGGUUAUUUCCAGACAGAAAAAAGCACUCCAGUUACUAUACUUUGGAUUGAAAAAAUAUGUUCUUCCUAAGUGUUUACUUAGAUAAUGUAAGUAUGAAGGAACCUACCAAGCACUUAAAUUUUUGCUUGUAUCUGUUAGGCUAAACAGCUGCUGGUUAUUUUUUUUUAUUAUACAUUCACUGUGAGUUAAGUAAGAGAUCUUAGACAUUUCUCGAAUAAUUUACCUGUGUGAUUCUAAGGUUAAAUGCUUCUAAAUAUGAUGGUGAGAUGGGCUUUGUUUUGCAAUAUCACCAGGCAAAUUUACUGUCACUCUUAUGUUGUGCAGUUUUUACUUAAUUAUCGUGCUCUAAUGUAUCUUACCUCAGCUUAAUGGUUUCCCAAGUUAUAACUAAUUACCAUGAAAUAACUCAGUGAUGCAGGGUGCACUGUAUGCUUAUAAACAUUUGCAUUUAUUACUUUUACAGUUUAAUGGUCAAGAUGUCUUAGUUCCAUUUACACAAUACCAGAGAAAUACAGGUAUUUUUAUAAAAUCCAAAUAAUUUACUUCUUGCAUUAAUUGCUAAUUAAAGUGUUUGGAAUUAUCUUUUUCCUAUGUCCAAGGGGGUACAGCGUGACAAUUUACCCACCCCUCCCCCAGAAUCCCCAUACUCCUCCCUCCAAAAGGAAAAUAGGGACAGGAACAUAUUAUGCAACCUUUUCUCGACAAUCCAUAAAUUUUUCAUCUUCAUUAAAUGCAUUUAAGACAUACUCAACCUUUUUCCAGACCAGAAUAUUUUUUUCUUUGCAGCUCGCAGAAGGAAAUCCACUCCUUUAAUGUCCAGAAUCCACCCACUGAUGAAAGUUAGAUGUACAUCAAACAAGUCUGCUUCAUCGUGGAAAUCAAGGCGAGCAUUUUCCCUGGACGAGCCAACGAAUGAAAAGAUUCGAUACAGCACGCAGUCGACAAUGGCGGAAGACUUGUGUAAACAGGAUGUUAUCGAAGAAGUUGUGCAAAACGCGAGAUCUUCGAAGUUUUCUCGCCUGGAGCAUGUUAGGAACGGCGGCAAGAUUUCAACCUUUGAUCCAGCACACGAUAUUGAUUGUAGUUAUUCAUCCGAGGUUACUCCGGUCACAAAGCUUAAAAAGUUCCUUAAUAAUGUCUUAGAGAAGUUAUUUGAUGACAAAAAUUCCGAGACAACGCCCGACCACCCUCAAGAAAAAGCACAUGGUAAUCUCGUUCCCAUGGACACAAACUUGGACUUGAGCGCCAAAUUGUCAGCUUUGAUGUCGCAUUUUUCUUUGCAGAACCGACCGAGAUACUUAAAUAGUGAAUUUUUCUCCUUACUGGCAAAGAAGUUGUUCCCUAGUAGGGAAGAAUUCGAUAUAGACGGCUUUGAGGAGAGCUCAGUCGCUUGUAGGGAAGAUUGUGACGAGAAGUCCUGGAACGUAGGAAACAGAGACCAUUCCAGAGGGUUGUCUCCUCCCAAUGAUGUCAUCAUCGGCUUGAGGGAGAAAAAACCUGAUGGCCGUCUUGAUGAAGGUGGAGCAGAUGAUUGGAAUGGAGUUAGCUUUGGGGUAGUUGCGAGGCUCGUGGAGACGUUAGCAUCUUCAAGCGACGCGGAGAGUGACAGUUCUAGCUCCAGUGAUUACGUUACAUCAGACUCAAGCGCUACAGAGGACUGUGACCGUGUUAGAUCACGUAAUGUAACCCGUAGCAACAAGGUUUUUCAUCAUACCACAGUGAACUGCCAAGACAAACCGGAAAAGAAUCCGCUAAAUCAAGAUUAG